GUUGUUGGCCAUAUGCGAACAAUUAACAGGUAAAACUUUCUGCUUUUCACACUUUUACGCUGACUUUGAGAAAGCUGCUCAUAAUGCCGUACUAGCAAUGUUUCCGGAAUGCCUUAUAUUGUGCUGCACCUUUCAUUUAGCUCAGAAUUGGUUUAAACAUAUUCAGCAAAACAAGUUCCUUCUUAGAGAAUAUAAUACGCCAGAUUCUGAAGUGGGCAAAUAUUUGAAAUAUUUUUUUGGCCUGCCAUAUUUACCGCCUACUGAAAUAGAAGCAGGUUUCGUUGAUUUACUAUCGAUUGCACCCCCCCAAGUGCCAUCUGAUUUUUCCGAUUAUGUCUUAGAAACGUACAUAGACGAGGCGGCACUGUUUCCUCCUAGCAUGUGGGCAGGCCCCCCCUCUGAUGGGCCAAGAACGACCAAUGGACCUGAAUCCUUCCACAGCAAUUACAAUAAAAAUUUUUACCAUCGGCCUUCAAUUCAUAGUGUCACGCAAGUUUUACUAGAAACGCAAGCUCUCACAAUGACAAAAAUUAACUCAAUCAAGAAGCAAUCUACAAAUGUUAUCCGGAAAGAAACCGCCGAUCGACUUGCAACAUCCAUCCAGGCAUGGAAUACAUGCAAAGAAGCAUUAGAAGGAGGCUCUGAAACGGCUCGCUUGAGGUACCUGAAGUUUAUGGGAUACCGAUUUCACGGGAAGAAAGUUUAAAGUUUUCGACUUAAAAUGUGACGUGAUAAUUAUUUUAUCUUAAAAAAAAACUGUGCGCACAGUUUCUUUGUUGUUUUUUUUUAAAGUGGAUUUUGAAAUGUUGAGAUGUGCAAAAAUCCUUACCGUGCGGACAGUUUCUUUAUUUUUUUUUAAAAAGAAAGAGGUUUUUUGAAAUUUUGCGAUUUGCAUAUACGUGAUUUAAGGGAGGGGGGGAAAAAGUUCCGAACUUUUACUUUUUACAAAAUGAAGUGGAGUUUUGGAACUUUUUGUCAACCGACCUCUUGUAUCUUCUUUUGCUACUUCAAAUCACAGUCUUCUUCUUGAAUCUUCUUGAAUCAAUGGGUGAGUACAUUAAUGUUUAUUUAGGGGAUAGUUUCAGGUUUGCCGACGUUGCCAACUCCUCCAAAUGGUAACAAAAAUUGUCAUGAAAUAAUUUGCGGAAAUGAUCCCCGAUUUCCAGCCCCUUUUUCAGUUCCUCGCGGAAAUGACC